UGACUUAACGAAUCAAUAUGCUAAUCAAGCAUGCUAAUGUGAAGUAAUAACGAAUCAGUGAAAGAAUUAGUGAACAAAUCAGAUAACAGAUCUAAAAAGGAGUCAGUGAAUGAAUCGUGAAUAAAUCAGUGAAGUAAUCAUGCAAGGACUCAGUGAAUGAAUUAUGAAUGAAUCAGUGGUGUCAGUGAAUGAAUCAGUGAAGUAGUUAGUGAAUGAAUCGUGAAUGAAUCAGUAACGUAAUCAAUUAAUGAGUCAGUGAAUGAAUCAUGAAUGAAUCAGUGAGGGAGUCAGUGAAUGAAUCAUGAAUGAAUCAGUGAGGGAGUCAGUGAAUGAAUCAUGAAUGAAUCAGUGAGGGAGUCAGUCAAUGAACCGUGAAUAAAUUAGCAAAUUAAUCAGUGAAUGAAUCAGUGGAUGAAUCAGUUAAUGAAUCAGUGGAUGAAUCAGUUAAUGAAUCGGUGAAUUAAUCAGUGGGUGAAUCAGUUAAUGAAUCAGUGGAGUCAGUGAAUGAAUAAUGAAUUAAUAAUUGAAGGAGUCAAUGAAUGAAUCAAUUAAGCAGUCAGUGAAUGAAUGAAUGAAUCUUUUAGCUGAAUGAAGUGUAUGUAUGGUACACGUAAUAUCUCGUGUGUCCUGGAGUGGCGUUUUUGUUGUUUCCACACAGUGAGGAAACUUUCAGCAAAUCAAUAUUCAAUAAAACCAUUUCCACAAAUCAAUAACAACGAGAGCCAUUUCCUGUCUCUUCAGCUAAUGUACUGUGUGCUUAUGUCCUGUGUAUCUGCCCAUCUGCUCCCUGUGUGUGUGUGUUUGUGCUCAGGUGAGUCCCUCUACCUGCACACAGUCGCACAGGUUUGUCGCACAUUAGUGCUGUAUGAUGGACGGAGCGAGUGUUUUCAUCACCAUUCAGAAGGUGUACUACCCGCUGCUGUGCAUUCUGGGUAUUCCAGCGAACCUCUUCAUAUUCUACAUGUUGUGUUGGCGUGUGUGUGGCAUGUCGGACUCGGCACGCGUGUACCUGAGCUGCUUGGCGCUGGUGGACACGUGGUACCUGCUCUGGGUGACGCUGCUGGACCUGAGCCUGGUGUUCCUGCAGCCGCAGCCGUUCUGGCACACUCACCCGUGGUGCAGCGUCAUAAACAUCCUGCAGUUCGGAAUGUUCUACGCCUCGGCCUGGCUCGUCGUGGCCUUCACCAUCGAGCGCUACCUGGUGUUCAGAGUGAUGGUGAGCCCACAGCGUCACCAGCAUUUCAGACACGCCCUCCUCACCUGCAUCACCAUCGUCCUGCUCUCACACCUGGCCUCCAUUCCUCUCAGCUGGAUCAACGCCGUGGUGCAGGUGAACAUGACUCUGAAUGGACAGACCGUUACGGUUCCGCGUUGUCUUUAUCGAGACGCGUUCUACUCCACUGUGGUGGUUUGGGUCACAUCCUUCCUGUCCAGCGGAGUUCCCAUCCUGCUCGUCAUCAUCUUUAACUCUCUGAUCGCGUACCAGCUGCUCGGCUCCGGUCGUCUCUUCACUAAAGAGGAAUGCCGGACGAUCCGGACCUCUCGGACACGAGGUUCCGCCCGCAGGACACUGCUGCUGCUCGGGAUCGUCUCGGUGACGUUCGUGGUUCUCAGCUUGCCACGCUUCGUUACCUACUGCAUCCUGCGCACCAAACACAACCAAAAGGACUUCGACCGAGACAAUUACUCCAUCGCCAUCAAUGUCAUCAGCGACGUGGCCAACAUGCUGCACAACCUCAACUCCGGCACCAACUUCCUGCUGUACUGCGUGGUCAGCCGCAGGUUCCGUCACGAGAUCGUCAACACGUUCCGGUGCCGAGUCCGAGCUCGAGAACUCGGCUCCUUCUUCACACAAACCACCAUGAAGGUCUUCUCUGUGGCCGAGCGCAGAGAACCGGCAGGACGAGACCCGGUCUCCAUCGUUCUAACCAAACUUGGAACUCGAACGGUUCCACCGUCUUCUGGACCCUGAGAGAGUGAUUUUAAACACACUG